CUCCAGGCUGCCGAGCUGGGGCUGAGGCUGCUGCAGCAGGAAGCUUGUAGGAGAAGAUGGCUGAUGAUUCUAAUGAAACCCCACUGGAGGAACUAGCAGGAGGAAGUAUAGAAGGAGAUGAAGCUUCAGAAGAAACUCCACAAAACGAACAAGGGGCUCAGGAGACUGAAUUACCCAAGCAGGUCACCGAAAUGCCAGCUGAUGUGCUAGCAGGUGAUACAGAAUCUACGGACAUUUUGGAAAUGGAGACCCAGGCCCCAACAACCACAGCAGACAAUUUCUCAGUGGACGCUGCCACCCCUGAGACACAAGAGAACGAACUGAGCAUGACAAGUCCCCAUGAACUGGUGGCUGAUGUCACUGAAGGGCCAUCAGAGGAAAGAGAAGAAACUGCAGCAAUAACAGGAACAUUAGAAGAUAUUGGACAAGAUGAACAGCAGGUACCCACAGUGCCGCAAUGGGAGAGUGAGGUUCCUGCUAGACUACCAAGCUCCACCAAGGUGGAGCAGGACAUGCAGCAAAUAGGCCAAGAAGCACAAGAAAGUGACUGGAAAAAUCUGAGGGACAAAGAGAGUUUAGCAGAUCAGGAAAGCCGGAGCAUAGAAGCAGGUGUUGAAAUGAGCCAAGAAGAGGCAGGAUCCUUAGAAGCACCAAUCACUGCCAGCUCAGCUGCAGCUGAGGAGGAGUCACUAGUGUCCUCAGCCACACCUGGCUUGUUGUUUGAAGAGGAUGAGCACAUCAAAACACAUCCAAUUAGUUUGUCUUGGGCAUUUGGUUACAAUAGCCACCUCCCUGUUUACAGCCUGCUUGAUGAAGAGCACAGGGUGAUCCUAUAUGUUUCCUCUCACACUGCUGUGAUCCACGACAUACUCAGAAACCGGCAAUAUCAUCUACAGGGUCACUCUAAUUCUAUUUCUUGUCUAUGUGUAAGUGAAGACAGGCGAUGGAUUGCAACAGCUGACCAGGGACCUGAUAAUCUAAUCAUUGUGUGGGAUGCCUUCUCAGGGAUUCCUGUCCAUACGAUAUUUGAUAGUCACCCAGAAGAUGGGGUUGGUGCUAUUGCUAUUUCCCAGGAUGCUAAGUAUUUGGUAACACUUAGUGCUGGCAAAAUACAGAGAGUUUGCAUUUGGAAGUGGACUUCACCUGAAAAGAAACCUAUGUGUAGUGUAGAAUUGCAACCUGCAUUUGGUUAUCAGAACUACAUUGUUUUUAAUCCAAAAAAUCACAAGGAACUAGUCAGCAACAGUAAAACUCAAGUGAUAUUUUAUCUAUGGGACAGUACCGGGUUGCAGCACAGCGCUCCUCAUCUAACUGACAGAACUUUCAACAAGACGGUGGGACUCUUUAGUCAGUCAGUUUUUCAUUUUGGCAAUUUGCAAGCUCUUACGGCCACAUCGGGAGGGAAGUUGGUGGUGUGGGAUGCAGUCUGCCCACCGUCCAUGUCUGCCAGCUUGUGUGUAAAACCACAUAAUAGGAAGGCUAUUAAGCUGAUGUAUGUGCAGAAAGAUGCCCUCACUGUGCUUACUGCAUCUGACAGCUAUUUUGUAACUUGUGAUGUCAAAGGGCAUACUAAAUUCUAUGAUGGCCAGCUGCAGCUUGUGAACUGGUACAGCCACUUUAAACUGGGACCCAUCCAAUCCAUUUCCUUUUCAAAAAACCCUUCCAGUCUGGCCAACAACAACUCAGACUACUCCAGUUCUUGUACUAUACAUGGUCAGCCAUUUAUUAUCAGGAAUUUUAUUCUCUCCACGUUGGACGCAACAGUGCUUCACAUUACAGCAGAGGGGACAAAACUGGAAAAAUUAAUGGAGGAGGCCAAGGAAGCUGUUAAUGCCAUUGCUUGCCACCCUAGCCAGCCUCUCAUUGCCAUAGGAAGUCACUGUGGGCUGCUAAAGGUGUGGGACUAUAUGCAGACAAAGUACCUCAUUAGCCGAAUCUUUAUGGGGGCCAGUAUCCAGUGCCUCUCCUAUGACCCUGCAGGUUCUUUUCUGGCGGCUGGUUUUACUGAUGGAACCGUUUACAUCCUUGAUUCUAUUUCAUUAGAAGAUGAUUGCAAAGAGUUCAAAUACUCAAGAGGCCCAGUAACUCAAAUAAGCUUCUCUCAUGAUUCCCAGUAUCUUGCAACUGCUGAUGAAAAAUAUGCAGUGACUGUUUACAAAAGAAUAUGGAAAAAUGGUGAAAGAUCCUGGGAGCACCUAGCAGGGCUUCAUUCACAUUAUAAACCAAUUCGAAGUAUAAUAUUUGGAGUCCUUUUAGACAGCGAUCAACCAAGGCUCUUAAGCCUUGGGGAGGACAGGCUGUUGGUGGAGUAUGAUCUAGGCAGCAGCAGUAAAGAAUACCUGGCCGUCCUGCGAAGAGACCGCAUUGAACAGAACGCAAUCCCAAUGUGUUUGGCCUGGUACCCUCCCUUCACUCCAGAAGCUUUUAUUCUCACUGCCAAUAAUCGGUACAAAAUGAAGCUUUAUAAUGCUACGACCAAAAUGUGCAGAAAGACACUUCUGGGGCCAACCUAUGGGUCCCCUCUUGAGAAGAUACAAAUCCUUCCAGCAACAAACAGUCAGGAUCCACAGAAACGAUAUCUGGCCUAUAUUACAAAAGAUAAGGUUGGCUUGCAGAUUUUGCCCAUUGAUGGUAACCCCCACAAGUCCUCGGCUUUCAUUUGCCAUCCAGGAGGUGUCUCCAACCUUGCUAGUUCCUACGACGGAUGCCAUGUCUUUACAGCUGGGGGGAACGAUUGCAUCGUGAUGAAAUGGGAAAUUAAUGUCAAUGCUUUGGAGGCUGCUGUUUCUCUGGGCGGUGAGGAUUUGAUCCCAUUUUACAACCUUUUGGAUGGCGGCAGAGAUGGUGAAUUCUUCAGGGAACUGGAGGACUAUUUUUACUAUGCACAGCUGCGCAGUCAGGGUAUUGAUUCAAUGAAGACCAGACAGGUGUCAACACAUAUUCCCUUGGAGGAAGUUCCAUUUGUAAUGAGAGCAAUGGGGUUUUAUCCAUCAGAGGAAAAGAUUGAGGACAUGAUAAAUGAAGUCAAAUUUAGUGAGUACGUGCACACUGGAAAACACGUUACAAAUAUCAAUUUAGGGGAUUUUAUCAAGCUUUAUAUAAAUCAUCGACCAGCAUUUGGCUUGUCAAUGAAAGAAAUACAAAAUGCCUUCCAAGUUCUUGGUUAUGAUACUGAGAAUGGAGAAAUCGUUAUCAACAGAGGAGACUUACUGCAACAACUUCAGUGCAGAGGGGAGCAUAUGACAGAGGAGGAGCUGGCAGAGUGUCUUACCACCCUGUUGGGCAUGAAUCCAGAGGGUGGGAGAUCUGAGCUGGGCAUCUAUGAUCCCUCAGGUGCAGCAGCUUUGUUGGAAGAAGAAAUUCCAGAGGAAAUCACAGCAGAGAUAUUUACUGCUGAUAUUCUUGGCUUACCUACUUCUGAACCAGACGGAACAGAGACAGAAAAAAAUUAUGAACUCACGAGUAGCAUAGAGUCAGCAGAGUCAUAAUUGCCACAGAGUUUGUAGUUUUCUACCCAGAAAUGCAUUUUCUGUAAUCAUCUUUUCUCCUCAAACCCCUGGGAAACUAUAUUUUUGUAUUUAUUAUAAAAUAAAGAUAACAUAAACUUAAACAUACCUGAAACUCUAUGACAGCGUGUCAUAAAGCCAUAGGAUUAAAACACUUCACAAAGUCUGGGCCAAUAGUCAAGCAGCAACCACGAGGGAGUUCUGAGUUUGGAGCUCAAGAGGAAGCAGCUUACUCUGUCCCUAAGGACACCAUGUGUUGCUGAUCAAUGACCUCCUCAAUGAAUGCACUAAACACAGGAUUGGGUU